AUGGCAUGGUGUCUUAGAUUUGUGAAAAAUGACAGUUCUUCAACAUUAAAAAUUAAAGAAGUUUUAAUUGUUCCUGGACUCAAGAGAGCUUCAGACAUUAUUGUGAGCUUAGUCCAAGAAAGUGAAUUUAAAGCCGAAAUCUUGGCAUUAAGAGCAGGGAAAAACAUCAGCUCUAACAGCAGAAUUAUCUUCUUGGAUAACAUAAAUAUUCUUCACGUUGGAAGAAGGCUAAGGAAUGCAAAUAUACCUGAAAAUCAAAAGCACCAGGCAAUUCUUCCUAAGAAGCAUCACAUGACAAAAUUAUUAACUAAGUAUUCUCAUGAAACUCAUCUUCAUGGGGGAACUUCACUUACAAUUUUGGCUAUCCAACAGAAAUAUUGGAUAAUUAACUGUAGAGAUGAAGUACGGAAAGUUAUUAGAAAUUGCAUGAAAUGCUUUAGAAAUUGUACAAAUACUGCAUCACAAAUAAUGACCGAUCUUCCGGCAUCUUGA